CGCAGUCGGCAUGAAUCCCGACCGUUCAUGUGACACGCGCGACAGCCCUCGGAACUCACGCGGCAGCGGCAGCGGCAGCGGCAGCCGCAGCCGCAGCCGCAGCCGCAGUGGCAGCCGCAGCUUCAGUCGCAGCCGCAGCCCUCCCCACCCUGCUGACGAUGAGGGUGUGAGCGAGUUUGAGCGAGCCUCCGCCUUUGCCGGCGCCCGCCGCGGGAUGGUGUUCAAGCUGGGCGCCAGCGGCCUCGGUUACUACGCUGACCACGGCAGCGAGGCCGCCGCGGCGGAGGCGGAGGCGGGAGCCAUGCGCGCGGCGCUGCGUGAGGUGAAGGAGGGCGACGCGGGCGCAACCGCGCCCGCCGACGACCCCGAUGCGCCCAUCGUCGCCGCCCUCGCCUCGCACCGGCGGGGCCUCGCCGAGGCGGAGGCGGCCACAGAGGCGCUGCUGCGCGAGGCGGGGCGGUCCGGCGGCCGCCACCUCUCGCACGAGGCGCAAAAGGUGGAAGUGCGGCUGACCGACCAGCUGCUGCAGCUCACCGAAAUGCGCGACGAUUGCGAGACCGCUGCUGGCAGAGCGGUCGUCAAGGCGGAGAUGGAGCGGCUGCAACGGCUCGGCCGGUCGCUGCGCAGCCUGUCGGGCGGGCAGGCCGAGCGGCACCGGCAGCAAUGGUGAAAUAGCUUGGCGGAGGUUUGGUGAAUGCCAGAAAGAGCACGAAAGAAAGAAA